AAAAACACUUAAUAAACCAAGCAACCACUGCUAUUUGAAUACAAAAAGUUAAAACUCCUCCAAUGUCAUUACUAGCGGCAAUAAUUCGCCGGAAAUUUAACCGGAGCAGCAAUCACUUUGUAAUUCCGGCGAGACUUUACUCAACUAGAAGUGUUAAAAAUGUAAAGAUAGAGAAGAUAUUGAUAGCUAAUAGAGGCGAAAUUGCGUGUAGAAUCAUGAGAACGGCGAAGAGAUUAGGGAUUCGAACUGUCGCCGUUUAUAGCGAUGCUGAUAAGCACAGCCUGCACGUGAAAUCCGCAGAUGAAGCGAUCCAUAUCGGUCCUGCAGCAGCUCGGUUGAGUUAUCUUAAAGCUGAUUCUAUCAUUGAUGCUGCUCGCCGUACUGGCGCUCAGGCUAUACAUCCAGGCUAUGGCUUCUUAUCAGAAAGUUCUGCAUUUGCUCAACUUUGUGAAGACGAAGGUUUCACGUUUAUUGGACCUCCUGCUUCUGCAAUACGAGAUAUGGGUGACAAAAGUGCUUCGAAGAGAAUAAUGGGUGCAGCAGGUGUGCCACUUGUGCCUGGAUAUCAUGGGGAGCAACAAGAUAUUGAACUAAUGAAAUCAGAAGCAGAAAAGAUCGGCUACCCUAUCUUGAUAAAGCCAACACAUGGUGGAGGAGGCAAGGGUAUGAGGAUUGUUACAAAUCCAACUGAGUUUGUUGACUCAUUCUUAGGUGCACAACGUGAGGCUGCUGCUUCGUUUGGUGUUAAUACAAUCUUGCUGGAGAAAUACAUUACAAAACCAAGGCAUAUUGAAGUCCAGGUGUUUGGGGACAAACAUGGUAACGUUGUGCACUUGAAUGAGAGGGACUGUAGUGUGCAGAGAAGACACCAGAAGAUAAUCGAAGAAGCCCCAGCUCCAAAUAUUAUGAGAGACUUCCGCUCUGAACUGGGUGAAGCAGCGGUAUCUGCUGCAAAGGCAGUUGGUUAUUUUAAUGCUGGAACUGUUGAGUUCAUUGUUGAUACUAUCACAGGGAAGUUUUAUUUCAUGGAAAUGAAUACACGUCUUCAGGUUGAACAUCCUGUUACUGAGAUGAUUGUUGGUCAAGAUCUCGUAGAGUGGCAGAUUCGUAUUGCAAAUGGAGAACAUCUUCCUAUGAGUCAGUCUGAGGUGCCCUUAUUAGGUCAUGCUUUUGAAGCCCGAAUAUAUGCUGAAAACGUUCCCAAAGGAUUUCUUCCAGCAACCGGUGUUCUCCACCAUUAUCGUCCUGUUACCGAAUCAUCAACAGUUAGGGUUGAGACUGGGGUUAAAGAAGGAGAUGAUGUGAGCAUGCACUAUGAUCCCAUGAUUGCUAAGCUUGUUGUUUGGGCAGAAAACCGUGCUGCAGCAUUAGUUAAACUGAGAGAUUGCUUAUUCAAAUUUCAGGUUGCAGGGUUGCCUACCAACAUAGAUUUUAUAUUGAAACUUGCUAAUCAUGAGGCUUUUAAAAAUGGUGAUGUGGAAACACAUUUUAUUGAGAAUUUUAGAGAUGACUUGUUUGUCGAUCCAAAUCAUAUGAAAUUAGCUAAGGAAGCAUAUGAUGCUGCAAAAACAAGUGCAAUUCUUGUAGCUGCUUGCUUCUGUGAAAAGGAACAUGUUUCUAUAAGGAAAAGUCCUCCUGGUGGCCUCUCCAUUUGGUAUUCUAAUCCUCCUUUCAGAGUCCAUCAUAGAGCUACACGUACAUUUGAACUUGAGUGGGAGAAUGACAUCUUUGACAAAGACUCAGAGAUUUUGACACUUUCUAUCAUUUAUCAGCAUAAUGGAAAGUAUCUUAUCAAGACUGGAGACAGCAGCUGUCCUGCUCAGGAGAUCCGGGUGGAGCACUUGGGCAACGAUGAUUUUAGGACUGAAGUUGAUGGUGCUUGCAUAAACAUCAGCUUAGGUGCCUAUUUCAAGGAUCAAAAUGAGCACAUUCAUAUUUGGCAUGGUUCACAUCAUCAUCAUUUCAGACGGAAAAUCCAUCGUGUUCUAUUGGAUGAUGAUACAACCCAAUGGAAGCCCAUAUCUGGCCUGGUAUCUCAUGAGCGUGGAGCUGUCGUCGCCCCUAUGGCCGGUUUAGUGGUUAAAGUACUGGUCGAAAAUGGGAUGAGAGUCGAGGAAGGGCAACCUAUAUUAGUAUUAGAAGCAAUGAAGAUGGAGCAUAUCGUAAAGUCCCAAACCGCUGGGCUUGUUAGUGGCCUUCAAGUCAACGUGGGUCAACAGGUCUCGGAUGGUUUUGUUCUCUUCAGUGUUAAGGACGAAUGAGAUGGUGACAUCAUACUCUCAUGAUAAAUCUUACUUUGAUGGGCUCCAGUCAUAAAUAAAUGCUGUGAUAAUGAUGGAAAAAAUCCAAUUAAUUGUCUUUGCUAGAAGUGUUUUAGCAUUCUGGUAUUUUCCAUGAAGAGGAAUUAGACUCAUUUUGGGUUCAGAUCACUGUCCAGUUCAGUGGUUCUUAUCCGACAAAGGAAAUGCAGUUUUUUUUUAUGAAAAGAACACAUUAUUAUUCCUUACAUUAAUUGUACAGGAAAUGUGAAAUGAAACAAUAGCAUAGGCCAAAUACCUUGUCCAGGUUUUACUCCCUGUGGAUGUGAAAGACUCCUGCCCCUGUAGUUCCUACCAAUCAAUUGGAAUCUAAGUUAUGGUAUAUAUUUAACACCUCUAUUCUCUGUA